AACGCGAUAUUAUGGCGAUAUCUUUAUUCAUUCAUUGUAUUGUAGUACGCCACCAUAAUCUGUGAAUUUUAUUCCAAAUUACAGCAAAAUGUUUUUCAAAAUUGUGACUAGAAGUCUCGGUACACUCAGUUAUGUGGGCAGUUAUAAAAAGUUCCGCGACCGACCUAUCAAAUCAUACUGCGCAGCGAUCCUCGGCGCUGGCUACAUAGCCUACACCCAGCACAAAAACAACCAAAUCCAAUGUAAAGAGCUCCUCCAACUCACGAACUACAUGGCAGAACCGGUCACUCCGGUUGAGGAGUUGGAAAGGAACGCUGACACCAUGAAGGCACAGAUGGAGAUGCUCAUCAUGAGGAUACAGGCGGAGUUCUGUAGGGCUUUGGAGAGUGAAGAAGAUAAGGAAGCACAAUUCAAAGUUGACCGAUGGGAGCGGCCGGAGGGCGGCGGUGGCAUUACCUGCGUUUUACAAGACGGACGCGUGUUUGAGAAGGCCGGUGUUAACAUAUCCGUGGUCUCUGGGACCCUGCCGCCUGCGGCUGUGCAACAGAUGAGGAGCAGGGGUAAAAAUCUGGAAAACUCCGAGCUACCAUUUUUCGCAGCGGGAGUGAGCGCGGUCAUUCACCCCAGAAAUCCCAUGGUGCCCACCAUACAUUUUAACUACAGAUACUUUGAGGUCGAGGACAAAAAUGGAGUACAAUGGUGGUUCGGCGGUGGAACGGAUCUCACGCCAUAUUACCUGAACGAGCAGGACGCAAGACAUUUCCAUCUCACUCUCAAGGCGGCUUGCGAUGAACACGACUCUUCAUAUUACGCUAAAUUCAAGAAAUGGUGCGACGACUACUUCAACAUCCCGCACCGCGGCGAGCGGCGCGGCGUCGGCGGCAUCUUCUUUGACGACGUGGAUUAUCCCGACCAGCAGCGCGCCUUCGCCUUCGUGACCUCCUGCGCUGAGGCGGUCAUACCCAGCUACAUGCCUUUAGUUCAGAAACAUAAAGACGACGCCUACGGUUACUACGAGCGCCAAUGGCAGUUACUCCGCCGCGGGCGUUACGUAGAGUUCAACCUGAUCUACGACAGAGGCACAAAGUUCGGCCUCUACACGCCGAACGCGAAGUCCAUACUUAUGUCGCUACCGCUCAAUGCAAAAUGGGAGUAUAUGCACGAACCGGCACCUGAAUCCCCAGAAGCUAAACUCUUGAAAGUUCUAAAAGAACCCGUUGAUUGGGUCUCAAAAACAUCAUCUUCGAGAAGUGCUGCCUAAAUUGCACUAAUAGUUUUACCCGGGUUGAACAAAAUGGAGGAAAUCGUUGGUAUUUUAUAAGGAAUAUACAUUUUACGCCAAUAAAUGGUGAUUUUCGAAGUUUAUUUUA